UCAUUCCAAAGAAUAAAUUAGUUUGGACUUGUUCAUUUCGGACCGACACAGUAUCACAACACACACAUUCGAUAUGAAAGAAAAACGUGCGUUUCCAAAGAAAACGAAACCAAUUUCUCAAAGAGAUUUAUUGGACAGUGAAAUUCAGAGUUUGAAGGCCCAGUACGAUGAGCUGUCGUCAAAGGAUGUUUCAGCCAUUAAACGCUUCAGUGAAUUCCCGCUUUCAAAAAAGACGAUCAAGGGCUUGAACGAUGCCAAGUUUACCGAGCCCUCCGAGAUUCAACGUUUGAGCAUUGCACCAGCUCUCCAAGGUAGAGAUGUUCUGGGAGCAGCGAUAACAGGCAGUGGUAAAACAUUGGCAUUUUUAAUUCCGGUGCUGGAACAUUUAUAUGUGGCCAAAUGGAGUCGCUCAGACGGAGUUGCCGCUAUUAUUAUAUCACCGACUAGGGAGUUAGCUUAUCAAAUUUUCGAAACGUUAAAGAAGGUGGGAAAACACCACGACUUCUCAGCUGGAUUGAUUAUCGGUGGUAAGAACUUAAAGUUCGAACGUUCACGAAUGGAUCAAUGCAACAUCUUAAUCUGUACCCCUGGACGUCUCCUACAACAUAUGGACGAGAAUCCGCUGUUUAAUGCAUCUACUAUGGAAGUUUUAGUGUUGGACGAAGCGGACAGGUGCCUUGACAUGGGCUUCGAACAAACAUUGAAUGCCAUAAUCGAAAAUUUUCCACCUGACCGACAGACAUUGCUCUUCUCCGCCACGCAAACAAGUUCAGUUAAGGAUUUGGCGCGCCUUAAUCUAAAAAAUCCAGUUUUUGUUGGCCAACCGCAAGCAAAGCAGGAAGGAAGCAGCGUUAUCCCGAAAGUUGUGCCGGAUCUUCUGCAACAGAAUUAUGUCGUGGUUUCUCUAGAAGACAAAAUCACAAUGCUAUGGUCAUUUAUUAAGAAUCAUCUAAAACAGAAGAUAAUUGUUUUCCUCUCGAGUUGUAAACAAGUUAAGUUUAUAUUUGAAAUCUUCUGUAAACUGAGGCCGGGUACCAGCCUGCUCGCUUUGUAUGGAACCCUCCACCAAGACCGUAGGAUUGCCAUAUACAAUGACUUUGUGAAGAAAAGCAAUGUUGUUUUGUUUGCCACCGAUAUAGCUUCGCGAGGCCUAGAUUUUCCAUCUGUCAACUGGGUAGUGCAAUUGGACUGUCCCGAGGAUGUAACCCAGUAUAUACAUCGUGCCGGACGAUCGGCGCGUAACAAAACUCGUGGGGAAUCCCUGCUGGUUCUUUUGCCAUCUGAAGAGGAAGGCAUGAUAGAGGAACUCGGUAAAAAAUCAAUUUCAGUACGUAAAAUUUUAAUCGAUCCAAAGAAACUUUUUUCACCGCGAGCAAAAAUUGAGGCAUACCUAGCUCAAAAUCCAGAAUUAAAAGCUUCGGCCCAACGGGCCUUUGUGGCGUACAUAAAAUCGGUGUUCCUAAUGAAGAAUAAGAAAGUAUUUAAUGUUAUGUCACUGGAUUUCGAUGCAUAUGCCAAAUCACUGGGUCUAGUUGUGACACCACGAGUACGUUUCCUAGAUCGUUAUUUGAAGAAACAGAAAAAGGCGAAUGAAACAGGGACUCAAAGCGAAUCUGACACUGACGACGAGGAAAGGACAAAGAAUGAGAACAAACCUUCAAAUGACGUUUUAUUUAAGGCAUCCGAAAGUGAUUCAGAUUCUGAUGGAGAUGAUUUUAUCAAAAUAAAAAGGGCUAAUCAUGAUAUCAAAGGCGACAACCAACAACAAACGAGCGGAAACGAUGAUGAUGAGGAACUUCCUCCACCCGUUUUGAGGAAAAAAGAAAAACUCAUUACCAAAGCAGCUCUGGCCAAAAAAGCUCUUAAGAAAAAUCUAAAAGUCAAUGAAAAGGUCAAGUUCGACGAAGAGGGUCAUGAAAUUGCCGAUCCACGCAAGCAGUUACAAUCCGAACUUGCCAAGGAAUACGAAAGUAAACUUGGUGAAAUGGGUGGUAUUGAUAUUGAAAUGGCCAAGCAGCUUUUACAAGAAGAAGAUAAAUUCGACAAACAACGAUUCCGUUCACUUGUCAAGCAAAGACAUAAAAAGCUCAAGGAAAAGCUGAAGAAAAAAGAUGAAGAAGAACAACAAGGAUCUGACGCAGAUGAAGGCGUUGACUAUGAUGAUGAUGGCGAUGGUGAUGAAAGUGACAAUUCCGUUGAUUUAUCUUGGCUUCCCGAUCCUUCAAAAGUCUACAAGAACAAUCAGAACGCCGAUUCUGAUGCGGAUAUGUCAUCUGUAAAACAAACAAAACUUUAUAGAAAGCAUGCACGUAGCAGUGACACCAGUGAAGAUAGCGAUACGCAGGAAAGCGACGAAGAUUUCUCCGAACCAGUAAAGAAAAAAUCGAACGUAACAUCAAAACUUACUCUUGAUGAUGCAGAAAUUAUAGCAGCUCAACUGUUGGCCAACUCUUAAUGAUCUAUAUUCUUUGGGUGGGGUUCCUAAUAAAUAUAUUUUGUUACUAAAACGAA